AUGCAAUCCAACUCUGCCUCGACAGGUUUCGCCAACCUGCUCAACCCCGACACAGCUUCCACUGAACAGCACCAACUCCAGCCCUCCACCCCAACACCAGCCUCCUCCAUGGCCGCUGCCACCGUCAGCCUCAUGGCUCCACUGCUCCAAAACGCCCCGCAACAGUCAGAGGAGCCCCGACAGGAUCUUCCCAGGCCCUACAAGUGCCCUCUCUGCGACAAGGCCUUCCACCGCCUGGAGCACCAGACUCGCCACAUCCGAACCCACACGGGCGAGAAGCCUCACGCCUGCACCUUUCCCGGCUGCACAAAGCGAUUCUCUCGCUCGGACGAGCUGACUCGACACUCGAGGAUACACAACAACCCCAACUCGCGGCGAGGCAAGGGCCAGCAGCAUGCCGCUGCCCACCAGGCUGCCGUGGCCGCUGUGCAGGCGGGCCUCAUGGAGCCCGGUUCCAGCCUGGCCCAUAUGAUGCCUCCGCCAACAAAGCCCAUUUCUCGCAGCGCCCCGGGCUCUCAACUCGGCUCACCCAACGUGUCGCCACCCCACUCCUUCUCCAACUACUCGCCAAGCAUGGGCAACGACCUCGCGGCCUACCACCAGGGCGGCGUGAGCAGCAGCAGCAGCAGCAGCCCCAACGGCCUGUCCCGCCCCAUGGAUCUCCUCGCCGAUGCCGCGUCGAGACUGGAGCAGCGCCCACCACAUUUUUCUCACUCGAGCCGACACCACAUCACCAGCGGCUACCACCCCUACGCCAACCGCCUGCCCGGGCUCUCGCAGUAUGCCUACUCGUCGCAGCCCAUGUCAAGAUCGCACUCGCACGAGGACGACGACCCGUAUGCGCACCGGAUGACGAAGAAGUCUCGCCCGGGCUCGCCUUCAUCCACGGCCCCGCCAUCGCCUACGUUUUCGCACGACUCGUGCAGUCCCACGCCUGACCACACGCCCCUUGCAACCCCUGCGCACUCGCCAAGGUUACGACCGCAUGGAUUCAGCGACCUUCAGCUGCCACACCUACGUCAUUUGAGCCUGAACCAAAACUUUGUGCCAGCGCUUGCCCCCAUGGAGCCAUCGACGGAGCGGGAGCAACCUUAUGUGCCAAGCCAAUCAUCGGGACUUCGUAUUGGCGACAUUAUCUCGAAACCCGAGGGAGCGCAGCGCAAAUUGCCGGUACCGCAGGUGCCCAAGGUUGCGGUGCAAGAUCUGCUCAAUGGACCGAGCAACAGCGGCUUCUCUUCCGGAAAUAACUCCGCAACGGCGUCAUUAGCCGGCGAGGACCUAUCGAAUCGCAACUAA